ACACACACACACUGAGUCAGACACACUGCAGUAGCCCCCCCCCCUCCUCCUCAAGCUCUCGUCCCACCUUCUUGCGAGCAGAAAACAUUGGGUUUCCAUCGUACGGGACCGUCUGCUGCUUCCUUUGAAGCUCCAUCUCUCUGGUCACUCUCUUUCUUUCUUUCUCUUCUCUUUCUUACCCUCUCUCUCUCUCUCACUCUGCUCCCCCUGCCUCUGCCUCUGUCUCUCCCCGCCGCUCACACCACGGUUGAGGGGGUUUCUGUUGUCAGCUAGAGGAGGGAACAUGCAGCAUCCUGGAGGAACAUGCGUGGCGUUACCAAAUGUGGACGCGUGUCCCCAGCUAUCCUGUGCCGCCCUCACCUUCAUGUAUUUACAGCAGGGUAACCAAGACGCACCGGCACCCCCGGACCCAUCCAUGGCCCAGGCUUACUCAUCAGCCCAGUUUGCCCCCGCUCCCCAGAACGGCAUCCCUGCUGAGUUUACAGCUUCACACCCCCACCCACAUCCACACUCCCAUCCACACCAGCACCCGGCAGCACCACAGGACUACACUGGGGUCCAGGCCUCCGUCAGUGAGCAUCCACUCAACAUGUACCAGUCCUCACAGAGCCACAGUGAGCAGGGAGGGUCAGACUCCAGCAGUCAGACGGUCACCGGCACUGCCACACAGACGGAUGAUGCUGCUCUGACCGACAGUCAUCCACCAACACAGACUGUCCCUGAAAGCACAGACAGCAAGGCCCAACCCAAGAGACUUCAUGUCUCCAACAUUCCCUUCAGGUUCAGAGACCCAGACCUCAGGCAAAUGUUCGGCCAAUUCGGUAAAAUCUUGGAUGUGGAAAUCAUCUUCAAUGAGCGUGGUUCCAAGGGUUUUGGAUUUGUAACGUUCGAGCAUAGCAUGGACGCCGACAGGGCCAGAGAGAAAUUACACGGCACCGUGGUAGAAGGUCGUAAAAUAGAGGUCAACAAUGCAACAGCCCGAGUAAUGACAAAUAAGAAGACAGUCAACCCAUAUGCAAAUGGCUGGAAGUUAAAUCCAGUGGUCAGCGCUGUCUACAGCCCAGAAUUCUAUGCAGUACCAGGUUUUCCCUACCCAGCAGCAAGUGCAGCAGCAGCAGCAUACAGAGGAGCCCACUUACGGGGUCGGGGCCGGACUGUAUACAACACGUUCAGGGCAGCUGCUCCGCCUCCCCACAUCCCAGCUUAUGGAGGUGUUGUUUACCAGGAUGGAUUUUAUGGUGCAGAUAUUUAUGGUGGUUAUGCUGCCUACAGAUAUACCCAGCCUACUGCUGCCACAGCUGCUGCAUACAGUGACAGUUACGGACGAGUAUAUGCUGCCGACCCCUACAACCACACACUCACUCCAGCAGCCACAUACAGCGUUGGUGCCAUGAACACGUUCGCCCCACUGACAGAUGCCAAAACUCGGAGUCAUGCUGACGACGUGGGGCUGGUGCUGUCCUCUCUCCAGGCCAGUAUAUACCGGGGAGGCUACAGUCGCUUCGCACCCUACUAGCAACACCUCCAACCUAUAACCAACCUUCCAACAGGACAGACAGAAAGUGUGUGUGUGUGUGCCUGAGUGUGUGAGCGAAUGAGAGGAGAGAAGAGAGAAGACAAGUGGUCGGAGCAGAGCUGUUACUGAGACCCGGGUAUUGCAAUACAUGCAGUUUGUGCAUCAUUUCAGCAUCUCCUAAGAGAGAGGUACAAACAAGAAAAAGAAUAAAAAAUAAAAUGACAGCUGAUAUUUUUCAUCUUAUACCUCAGAUAUUUUGUGCUGUGUAUUUUGAUAUUGUGGGUUUUUAAUUUCUAAAGAUUUAAACAUAGACUAUCAGCUGUAGAGGUCUUUCCAUGGUACUAAGAGAGAGCUGCUCGAGUCGAGAUCAAGAGCCAGAGGGAAUAUUUAUCAGAUUGAAAUUGUUAGGGCUUGUAUAGAACUCGUCAUAGUCACACGUUGAGUAUUUCAGUGACUAUGCUAGUCAAGUGUUGUUGUUUUCUCUUAGUUUCCUUUGAUAGAUCUUCUGUCAGUUUAGCAAUGAUAGUUUGGAUUAUUUGUUUUACUUUGGUUCGGGAGGAAGUCAAGAAAAGAGAACUUUGGGGGCAGGAUGGUUAAGUUAGAGAAGCUGAGAGCAGCAAUGGUUGAUAUUUUUUUGUCCACAAUCUUAAAAUCCUGACUAUUUAUCAUGUUAUCUUGAAACUUUACUCUCACUUAUUCAUAAUAUCUUGCCAAACCCAGAUAAUCAUAUUCCAAGUGUCUGCAUAGUCAUGAAAAAUGUUCUUAUCAAGUUUGACACUGUGGCCGUCCAUGAGUUAGACAUUCUCGUAAUCAUUGGCUUGUCAUUACGAGAUGUUUUUAUCUUGUCAACAUUUUUGGCAUAAUAAUGAAAUACAAAGUCAUAACUACAAAAUGAAGUUCUUUUUCCCUGUGGUGAAUGUAAUUGUUUCUGUAACACCAUGACUCUUUGUUGAAACAAGAUGUUUCUUUUGUUAAAAUUUGACGAAUUGUGUCUCUAAUGAGGCGUUUGAGCUCCGUCACAAGUUCUACGGAGGUCACGGCAUAAUUCAGUCGUGAUCACUGACAAAAUACAAUAAGGCAAUUAUUUCCAGUCAGAGCUGCUCUCAGGCUGUAGAUGUGUGACUUCAUAAUGAGGUGUUAUCACUUCAAGCCAAAGGUUCUAGUUGACAUAUCUGGCAUGUUCAUGUGUAUAGUCAAGAAUAAAGAUUGUCAUGGCAACUAAACUGCUCCACCCGUUAAUGAGAUAUGAAAAAGAAUUGGGGCCAGGUCAAUAUGAACCAAACCAAACCAAACAAUGGAAUGCAGACGUUUCCAAUAGUUUUGUGACUCAGGAUUUGAAGUUUGAUGUUUUGUGGAAUUGAUCCUCUCCAGUACUGAGCAUUGUUGGCCAUCAGAUGUAGAUGUUUUUAUAUCAACUUCCAGUAUAUUCAUUGGUAUAAUUGAUGAUUUUUAUAAUACAGGAGAGAUUUAGAAAAUCAAAAAAUAUAUAGCAGUGGCCAAAGCAACUGUAUCUAUUUUAUCAUUUUGUUCUGCCUUUGUUUUUUGUUGUUUAUUUCUUUCAUAAUUACAAUUUCUGGGGGGUAAAGUAUAAUAAUCCAACAAUGUAUCAUAUUUGAACUGUGCAGUGAAGAUGUUCUCUUAUAUGAAAUACACAAUGGUAUAAUGUUUUAGAUUUAGAUGAAUAAAUCAGUUGUUAGGGGCGAGUUAUCUCAUUUUCUAACAAAUCAUAUUCUGAUUUUUAUUAACCCUUUACAAAUAUGUCAUGUAGAUACUAUGGUUCAUUUGUUCUGUUUUUUUGGUCAACUGUACCGUUUUGCACAUUGUAAUUUUCACAUGAAACUGACACAUAUCAGUGCUGUAGUUGUAAUUAUUCUGAACUAUUUUCCGUUUCUGAUUUCUUUGGUUUCUUUGGUCUCAUGUCGAUCUUAAUGUGACAUCCUGUCUGUUCUUUUCUAGGACUUAAACUUUACCCUUUGAAAAUUACUGUUUGAAUAUUAUAAUACUAAAUAAAUAUGGGAAAUGUAUGAUUUAUGGACAGGCUAAUCUAUGAUGUAAAUAGAAGUUAAAGGAAUAAAUCUGUUAGUGUAUUUGAAAAGCACUACAUGGGCAACAGGACAUCGGCCUCUGGGUCGUUUCCUCUGCCACAUUCUGUUUACAACUAUUCCCAAAUAGUGGUGUUGUUACAUAUCUCUUUUUUGUAUUUAUAACAAAUUAGAUGGGACAAACUCUCAGAUGCAUCACAUAAUAAAAAAAGGCAGCCGUGAGACCCUUUGGCUCCGCUGGUUCAAACCAUCGUCUGUGUGCUGUGUGAGGAGCAUCCGUCACAAACUGGACUCUCACAGUCCUCACUAUGCUGAAUGUCUGACCACUUUAUCCAAGCUCUGCUUCCAGUAGGUGUUGUGGUUCAAAACAAGGCUUCCUACUUCCUACUCACUGUAUGUGCAUGUGCUAUGGUUCUUCCACUAAUCAAUAACCAUCAAUAAAGUUUUGUUUUCUCAA